CACAGUCACAGCUGCUUGAGCUUUCCAUCAGGACCACAGACUGAAACGAAAACUGGGUGCUCACUAUGGAUACUAAAGGCUGUACAACGAUUUCUUGUUCAACGCCACAGCAACGCUGCUCUCGGAUUACAAAUUUUCAGACCAUUUCUUCUAACGCUAACUGCCAACACAGUGGUCUUGAAGCCAACAGCCGCCAACCAACUGGCCACGUUCUGUGGGCUGCCAGACCCACUCCUUGUUUUUAUUUCACACCCAUCUGCUUAAUAAACAACGUCAAUGCCUGUCUACCUCUGGAUGACUGCGGCUGGUGUGGUGAAGGCAUCAACAGUAAUGAGAAAGAGACCAUGCAAAUCUUGAAUGAGCGCCUUGCUAACUACCUGGAGAAGGUACGGACCUUGGAAAAAGAGAAUGCUGAACUGGAAUGCAAAAUCCUGGAGGAGUGUAACAAAGAAUUCUGUGUUGUAUGUCCUGACUACAUGUCCUACUACGCUACCAUUGAGGAGCUCCAGCAGAAGAUCUUGUGUACCAAGGCUGAGAAUUCCAGACUGGUCUCACAAAUUGACAACACCAAACUGGCUGCUGAUGACUUGAGAGCCAAGUAUGAAGCUGAGGUGUCUGUACGCCAGCUGGUGGAGGCUGAUGCCAAAGGCCUACAGCAGAUUCUGAAUGCACUGACCCUGGCCAAGGCUGACCUGGAGGCACAAGUCCAGUCUCUGAGGGAGGAGCUCCUCUUCCUCAAAAACAAGCAUGAAGAGGAAAUCAACUCCUUACAGAGCCAGCUUGGGGACAGACUCAACAUUGAAGUGACUGCUGCCCCUUCUGUUGACCUAAACAGGGUUCUACAAGAAAUGAGAUGUCAGUAUGAGUCCAUCAUGGAGACAAAUCGCAGAGAAGUGGAACAGUGGUUCAACACACAGAUGGAGGCACUGAACCAGCAGGUGGUGACCAGCUCUCAACAGCAGCAGUGCUGCCUGAAGGAGAUCACUGAACUGAGACGUACCAUGAAUGCUCUGGAGAUUGAACUGCAGGCCCAGCACCAAAUGAGAGAUUCCCAAGAAUGCAUCUUGGUGGAGACAGAGGCCCGCUACACAGCUUUACUGGCCCAGAUCCAGUGUCUGGUCGAUAACAUAGAGGCUCAGCUGGCAGAGAUACGGUGUGCCCUGGAAAGACAGAACCAAGAAUAUGAGAUUCUGCUGGACGUCAAGUCCCGGCUGGAGUGUGAGAUUGCCAUAUACCGCAGCCUUCUGGAGAGUUCAGAAGUCAAGCUUCUCUGUAACCCGUGUGCCACCAAAUGUGAGCCUUCAAGUAAGGCCAGCGCCAUGGAAUGCACAGCUCUGGUUUACAAUACACCAUCCUCAGAUUCCCGCAGGACACAGGAGCCUUGCUGUGCCUACAGAGUCCUUCCCCGAAUACUGGUUAAAAUCUGCACCAUCACUCAGGAGAUUCAGGAUGGCAAAAUCAUUUCUUCCCAUGAGCAUGUGCAGCCUUGCUUCCUUAUCAGAAUUGCCAGAGUUUGACAUCCCAAGGGAAUGGGAGUUGUUUCUGACUAUUUAACAAAGAACAUGGAGCUGGAACUCUCACACGCUGUUCCUCCAUCUCCCUGGGACUGAUGACCAUGAAAACAUAGCUUAGCUUCCUCCUUCAAUCUAUCCAUCAGAGAGAAAUGGAUUUGAUAUCACAAACUUUGCAGAAAAGUAAUCAUUGAGUAAUUGCUGCUUGCAAGCACAAGACAGUCCCAAGUGAGAAUGGUAUGUACAUGGUACUGGCCAUCAUCAGAGCUUCUCACAGCAAGGUCACAAAGAGAUUCAGUCAAUCCCUACAAAAAUUAUUCAGUAUUUCCAGAAGUUUUAGUAAAUAAUUACAAAUUAAAUAUAGAAUGUGGAGUCAAAGACCUGAAGUCCUAAACUAGUUUCUUGAGACCUUAGACAAAACAUCUAGCCUUCAUCAAAUUUAAUUUCCUUAUUUGUUAAAUGAGAACCUUGGCUACUUGACAGGUUUGUUGUGCAGAUCAAAUGAAAUUGUUCAUAUCAUGCUACUUAGUACACUGAAGAACAUGGUGCAAAUGUUAUUUUUACAUAAGCUUUACUUUUAACUACAGCCCUAGACCUGUGUUAUUAUCUCAUGUCAAAAUUCUUUCCCCAUAAAUUUAGUUAUCCACUCAUGAUUUGGGGAGUUUUAAUAGUGCUUGGCUUUGAGGGGUGAAAAAAGAACAGAACAAGAUCUUCUUGUCAUCAAGCCUGCAAUUUUACUCAGUAAAGUGUUUCUGAAGUUAGGGUCUAUAUCAGAUAUCAGUUGAUGGCUGGUGCCCACAGCAAAGACAAAAGUGUCGUUUAACUCAUGCUCAGCAGCCACUUCCUCCAGACUAGUAGCAACUUGCACUGAGGGAGUGGAAUGCAGAACUCCCAGAGAGAUCUCUUUCUUGUCAAUAACUUCCUUCCCAUCCAAAUUCCCAGAUUACCCCUGGUAGCACAUCACUGCAUACCAUCUCAGACUGAAUGAUAGAAAUGUGGGAAGAGCAGGGGGCUUGCACUCAGAAGCCAUAGGAGAGAGUCUCACCCCAUUCUAUGUGUAUGACCUUGAGUAAAAGGGACAUAAAGAUGUAGGCCCUAACACACUAGAGGGAUUAAAUGGAAUAAUAAUAGUGAAAGGGUCCUUUAAGUUAUACAAGGCCAGGCAGAAGGGAGGUUUUGUCCCCUGAUUGGAAACCAGGCAUUUGUCAUUUCCUUACAUACUUCUUCCUGUGUGUCUGGUUAAGUGAUGGUCCCCAGUGGAUCACAUAUGUACUAUCAACACUAACUGGAAAACCAGUUAAGGAGAGGCUGGAGUUCUCAGUCUGCCCUAAGUUUUGAUUUCAACAGGAUUCAGAGUUUAGGAACCUUUCUGGACUCAGGCUAAGCUUGGGCUGCUAUGGCAUUCUCAGUUUAUCCACAAAACAAGAUCUCUUCUUCCCACUCCAGGCAUGUGCCACACUCGGCCAAAUUAUAGGUAUUUGAAACCAAAAAGACAGGAUCCUAGUCCUGUAGGGCAGUUAUAACACCAGGUUCCUUUCUCUGAAAGUCUAUAUAAAGUCCCAGUAAGACAGAAUCAUAAAAAAGGAUUGACUCCAUGGAGCAAGAUGGCUUUUUGUUUGCUAGAGCCUGUCUCAGAGAGGGAAAGAAUAUCAAAACCCAUUUGGUGGUCCAUAAUUUUAUUUCUAAACAAAGGAGGUUUAGGGAUAUAUUUUCUCUAGAUUUCGUCUUUUUUCAUGUUGACUCCACCUUAAUAUGACAGCUGGUUUAAAUACUUCCAAAUGCUUCUCUCUUCCCCUUCAUCUCUCAAUCAUUAAUUGCCUUCCCAACCCCUAUACAUGACUCACAAUCUCUCCAUCUUCAGCCUCUAGGAUCAAUUCCAGCAAUUUCUGCUUAGAAGAAGUGGCCUGAAAAUUUUCCCUCAAGAGUUCAGUUAGUGGUAACCCCUUACAUUACUUGCCACGAGGAUUUCUCUAGUUAACCUAGAAACCACUUCUAUCCAAGUCCCCUGAGGAACCUAUAAAAUUCAGAUUCUUGGGCCCUACCCUAGACCUCCUACAUUAGCAUCUCCAGGUGUGGGACCUGGGCAUCCAAAUUUUACAAAAUUUUCAGCCAAAGCAUGUACGCCAAAUUAUAAAAGCCACUGCUUGCUAACUGACAAAUGCUUUUUGGUUUAAAGAUCUGGAUGACUUGCUGCCUUCGGGGAUUAUCUUUUAAGCUCUGACACUAGCUUGAUAGAUGACCACGCUCACAGACAAUUCCUCCUCUACAUAUCUAUCCAUGUGUUUAUGAAGGAGGAUUAAUAAAAAAGCUAAGAAGUAACUCAUUUAAUAACUAAUUCAUUUAAUCCUUACUACCACGGAAGAGCUACCACUAAUAUUCCCAUUUAACAGAUAAAGCAACUAAUGGGUAAAGCAAUUCAAUGUUUUCCCCAGUGUCACACAAUAAUAAGAUUGAAUUUUAAGUACUCUGAUUUCCUUAAGAAAGUUAAAAUAGCACGGGAUACAUUUCACAGUCUCCAAGAAUAGAAGCAAUUCACAGUAGCAACAGAUUAUUUUUCCAACUCUUCAAGGAACUAUUCUAUAGCCUGCUUGUCAAUGAUUCAUUCCAGUGAGAGACCAUCCAAGGAAUCUAUGAUAUUAGCCUUUGUCAUUCUUUUUGUCCAGAAAUUCAUAGACUGAGUUUUAUAUUUAACUUCAUGUUAUUAUGGUAAGAAUGCUUAACAUGAGAUGUACUCUUUUAACAGAUUUUUAAGUAAACAAGACAGAAUUGUUAGCUAUAGGCACAAUGUUGUCCAGCAGAUCUUUAGAACUUAUUUUAUACCUUUUGAUUAGCAACUCUCCCUUUCCCCUUCUCCCCAGGCAAUCCCCUUCCCUGGCAACCACCUUUCUAUCCUUUGCUUCUAUAAGUUUGACUAUUUUAGAUAUAUCUCAUGUCUCAUAUAAGUGGAAUCAUAUAUCUCAUAUAAAUGGAAUCAUGCAUUAUUUAUCUUUCUGUGACUGACUUAUUUCACUAGUGUAAUGUCCUCAAGGUUCAUUCAUGUUGUCACAUAUUGCAAGAUUUCCUUAUUUUUAAAGGCUGAAUAAUAUUCCAUUGCAUUUGUAUGUAUGUGUGUUGCAUAACAUACAUACGUAUAUACCUCACGUUCUUUUUUAUCCAUUCAUCAUCAAACAAUUCAUUUAGAUUGUUUCUAUCUCUUGGCUAUUGUGAAUAAUGACUCGAUGAGCACAGGAAUGCUAAUAUCUCUUUGAAAAUUAGAAAGAUUUCUGAUGACAUCUAAUAGCUUUUUUUUGUAUCAGAGGUGAAGAAAUGGGGUCCACAGACAAAGGAGAUUGGUCCAUGACUCAUAGUCAGUAAGAGAAUCCAGUGCUCUUUCUUCUACUUCUCAUUCCCCACCACAUCUGGAGUAGACAGCACUGGAACUGGGUUUGAUGGAAAACAAAAUUGAACCAUCAGGCAGUGACCUUCCAUUCUAGUUCUUUUUUUUUAAUUUUUUUUUAAUUUAUUUUUUAUUGGUGUUCAAUUUACUAACAUACAGAAUAACCCCCAGUGCCGUCACCCAUUCACUCCCACACCCCGCCCUCCUCCCCUUCUACCACCCCUAGUUCGUUUCCCAGAGUUAGCAUUCUAGUUCUUAGAAGCAUCAUUGACUUCUCUGCGCUUAGACCUGGAGAUUUUUCUGAUCUAUUAUCUAAAUCCCUGAUGUUCCUCACCUUAUUGUGUCUUGCCUUCUGCAACUGUAAAUAGAAAAUAGCAUCAAAGAUAACAUCCUCCAAUUCCUUCUCUCUCUGAAGUCUUUUUUAAAAAGGCAAUCAGAUGCUAUUGAUAAGAUCUUUAAGUUUUUUAGAAGCUAAUUAUUGUAUGUUCUUCUUAUUGAUUUUCAUGUAUCAAACAAUGGAUAAAAGUGUAUUGCUCAUUGCAUGAGUAGGUCUACCCUAAUUCUGUCCAUUUUGAUUUAAAAUGCAAGUUCUGAUGAUAAAGAGCAUUUUAUUUAUUUAUUUAUUUAUU